AUGGCGUCUCCUAAGAUCGUUCUCUAUACAAACCGUCUUUGCCCAUGGGCUCACCGCGCUCACAUUGCGCUGAAGGAGUCGGGCGUUGAGUACGAGGAAGUUAGCAUUGAUCUUAACGUGCCGCGUGAGCCGUGGUAUCUCGAGAUCAACCCUCGCGGUCUCGUCCCCAGUCUGUCCUACAACGGCAACAUCAUCACCGAAUCCGCUAUUGUGGCCCAAUUCAUCGCUGACGCUCACCCCUCCCACCUCCUGCCGCCAUCAUCGCCCGCUGAGAAUGCCUUGUACCGUGCCCGUGUGUCUUUCUUUGUCGACACCUUCACCAGCAAGGUUGUGCCGCAUUUGCAUGGAAGUUUCCGGGCUGCUUCGGAGGAGGAGCGGGAUGCUGUUGCGGUGAAGUUGGCCGACGCCGCUGUGAAGGAGAUUGAGCCGUUGUUGGAGGCUGGCAAGGGACCUUUCUUUGGUGGUAGUGAGCAGUUGACUCUGGCUGAGGUUCAAACUGGAUCAUUCCUCCUUCGCAUCUUCGGUUUCAGCAAACCCGAACACGGUCUCGUCAGUGCUAAGCUGCCGGGCUUGUUGGACCAGGCGCCCAAGUUCAAGCGCUGGGCUGAGGCUACCAUCAACCACGAGAGUGUCAACUUUAUCUUCGAUGAGAAGGCCGUCGCGGACAAGAUGAGGGCCAAGUUUGCUCCGAAAGCGUAG